AUGGCAACCGGCUACGAUGACCGGCCAUCGACCUCGGGCUCGAGCGCCGCAAGCGUGCCGAUGUCUGAGCAGUCCUCAGCCGCGGGUUACUAUGCUUCGGUCGGCUCCUCGCUUGCUGGAGACGGCGAAGACUAUAAUCAAGACGAACUCCAGCUGAUAUUCGACACGGUCCGGGAAGCGCAGGGCGAACUACCCAAGCUCCAUCCUGCCGGCCGUAUCCCUACGAGCGCCCUUUUUCUCGCCUAUGACAAGCUCCUGGACGCGACAGGCUAUGAACCUCCCGACCGCCAGAAACUUGACAAAUUGCUGUUCAAGAUAGGAGGCUCGCGCGAUGGAGAGACGCUUCUCGACAAAUUCCAUGCUACCAUGGCCCGGAUGAACAUCACCAUUAAAUUUGAUGCAAACGCAGCCGAUUUGGUGGACGAUUCAACAGAAGAUGACUUCUCUUCUCAGUCCGAUCAUUAUGAAUAUGACAAUGGCAGGGAGCCUCCCGAACUUUCCGAUGACGAGCAGACGCUGGAUCUCGGCACCCAUGAUUAUGUAUAUGACGGUCCUGAAACCCCUGGCCCUCAGCAAGUUCUCGAAGUUGGCCAUCCAGAGGGUAAUGAACAGGACAAAGCUAUCUCACAUGAGCAGAACGAGGCCGUCCUUGAAAAGAGCCUCCUUGGAUUUGAACGACACCAGAAUCGGGUCCGUUCUGUUAGGCUUCUGGAGAGAUGGCAGGAGAGGUCCUCUCUUUUGAGCAAGCAGUUGAACCUCUUCCUCGAGGCUCAAGAUGCGGACUUUCAGAAUGGAUUUCACCAUGUGGUUGUGGCGUGGAACGAGAUCGCAGUAGAAGUUGAUGAGAUGCCACUGGAGGACCUUCCUGCCAACGUUUAUUCCAAGCGCAUUGAGCAGAUCGCAGCCCGGACCCACGAAAUCCUUGCAACUAAAAAUACUCUGACUCGAUGGCGCCAAAGUACGAGAGAACGACUAGAAAGAUGUGCCACACCACCCGAUCACGACGAGGACUACAGCGCUAGCCCCGAGGUUGAGCUACGCUUGUCAAGGCUGGCCUCCCGUGCUCACGAUAAUCUUAUGAAGUCACGGGCGUUCACCCAAUGGUUCAACAGAGCAUCGGAGGAGGAGAACAAAGCUCGGAUCGCUGAUAUGGCUCAUCAAAUGGGCCUAAAGUCCCGAGCUUUCGGUCUACGACCUAAGAUAGAGGCGUUGGCCGCGGCUCUCCGUGAGCGCAUGCAACUCAAAGCCGGUCAGCCGCUGGAUGAGACGGCGGAGGUCCAUGCAAAGCCAAAGAUGCCAAUUAUCUCACCCACACACGUAUCAGAACCACCUGCAGCACCAGCGCCAACGGGCCCAGAGUCAUCCAAGACAGCAUCUGAAGUACCGGCGCAGGCGACUCACCCAGCUGCCGAGGCUACACCGCAGCUAGUAGUUUCAGUACAGCCUGUAAGUAAAACAGGAUUUUCGGCAGAAGAAGAAGACGAAGUGAGGGAUGAACGCACUAUGCUCGCACGAAGACAUAUACUCCGCAUGAGAUUCUUCAAAGCCUGGGAAGACUAUACAACAGUACACACGACGAGAGCAAAGGAUUUUGCGCUUCAGAAAGCCGUGGACCCCUGGUUGGAGAGAUCUAGUGAGCUUACUCAAAAAGUCUCCAAGUUCUCAAAUGGCUAUGAAAAAGGCUUGGUAAAAGACGUCUGGGAUGGCUGGAGAAACGCUUUCUCACAUCAAGAUGCUCUGGACGCCCUGGCUACAGAGUCACGGAAGAAAAACCGGAUAAGAAGAACAUUAAAACCAUGGAUAGCUGCGGCUCGAUCAAGACGCAAACGCUACGAGGCUCAGCGACAGGCUCUCCGACAAUGGUAUUUCUCGCAAGAUCAGUACGACGAUUUUGCGCUAGUAGCAGCAACCUAUUGCAGAGAAGCGCGGAUGAGAAGUACCUUAUCCAAAUGGCGAUUUUCUGUCAACAGCGACCAUCCGCAGACACAGGAACUAAAGCGCCGAGCUGAGAAAGCCAAUGAGUUCCGCCUCAAGUAUGGUACACUACAGGAGUGGAAGGCUCGAGCUCGAGAAAAUGCAGUUGACACGAGGAUGAAAAGAGAUGCCAUCCAGCUAUGGCGUGGUAGACUCGAGACCGACGCCUCUCUGGGGCAAGAAAUGCAACAUCGCGUCAGGCGGGUCAAUCUCUACUAUACGGCGAGAUUGUUAGUGCCAAUAUGGCGAGACAAGACACGUCAAGCUCUUGAGAGGAAACAAGAGCUCCACGAAGUCAGUGAGCAGGCUGACUUUGAUGCCCUCGCGCGAGAAGCCGCGCGGACCUGGCGAACAUUAGCCAAGCAAAAGCGCAAGGCCAAGCUUCGAGAGGCUCACCUGGAGGUCCGCCGGAGGGUAAAGAAGGGAAUGGGAUCCCAUUGUGUGAUUCAGUGGCGGCAUGCACUGGAGGCUAGCUACACCCGCUACGAACGGAUGAACACAUAUCUGGAAGAGAUGGCUCUGGAUCGAGAACUAGCCGCCGCGGGGCGGGCACUCGAGACCUGGCGUGUGCGUGCCCAGGAGAAGGCGGACUCGGACACAAUGAGUGGCGCAGUGGCCAAGCAAAAGGUACUCAGCAUUUGGCGAGAGCAAACAGCCGCGCAUCGGCAGCUGCGCGCCGAAGCGGACCAACACUGGCAAGAGAAAGCCGAGUCUAAGGCCUUGAAAGAGUGGAAGCUGAGCUCGCUACAAAUAGAGGGCCGCCGAAAUACCGCCAGCAAGCACCUCAACAAAGACAGAAAGCUGAUGAAACAAGGCUUCGAGACGUGGUAUGGGCGCGCUGCUGACAAACUGGUGCCGAGUCAAUUGUUUGACGGGCCUCACGCGAGUAUUGGUCACUUGAACGAAGACAUACAGAACCAAACCAUCCAGACACCAUCUAAGGGGCUCUUGUCAACAUGGAGGGCAGCUGCGACGGGGCAGUCUUCACCAUGGAUCCCAAGACAUGAAGCGGAUGUGGAGGAGGAGGUAUUUGCGGGAACGCCAGGAAGACCACAUUUAUUCCCGGGCUCGUUCACAUCAGGGCAGACCACCACACCCUUGGCACCGAUUCCGCAACGGCAGCCAUGGCAUGGCCUAGGAGGGGGCCCGAGUGACUCGGUCUUGGGGCGGUCAGCUCCUGGGGGGACAACACUACGUUCUGCUCGCUCUCGGCGGAAUCUCCGGGUCUCCUGGGCUCAGUAG